UAUUAUAUCUAUUUUUCAAAUAGCAGAAAGCAAAGAUGUUUUUAACCUUACCGAACCUCAACUAAAAAAGUGUUUAGGUUGGGUCGACUACAGCGAGAGGCUCAUAAAAGCCUCCUCUGAUGGACCUUGUUGGGAUUUCGUUUCUGAAACUUUUCAUUCUAUUCUUAAAAACGUAAAACCCCGCCUACGAAGGUUGAAAACUUUAAAUCAAUUAAAAGAAGCUCGUCUUUUAUACUUGGAAACACUUUUAAAAAAUGAACACUUUCCGUUUGCCUUGUGGAAAAAUCUCGCACUGGCAUUGAAAGAAUGGGGCUUGAAAAAUAACAAAUUUCUUCAGUUAACAACUAGUCUCAUAACGCUGCAAACUCAACUGCGAUGCUUAAGAACUGUGUACAAUAAUCUUUUUGAUAAACCAGCUACUUCAGAGAUGCGAAAAUACAUGGCUCAAUUAAUUUAUCACCAACUUCUUUCGGAUUUUAAAAAAAAUGAAUUUCUAACUACUUCACCGCUUUUCGAAAAAUUAAAAAUUUUUUUAAAGAUAAACACCGACGCGCUGUCGGUGGUCCUUAUGGCCACCGCAUUUGGAGUGGCCGAAGUUAAUAUUAAGAAGGAAGAAGCCACGUUUUCAUUGGCUUUAUGUAAUUGGCUUACUAAUUUAAUUAAGGAAGAGCGUCUUGAAGAAAUAAUCUUAAACGACGAAGAAAGCGUAAUAGUGUGCUGCAAAAUCUCCGCUUUUCACCCCAAUUUCGCUAAGAUUUGCGUUCGCUAUCUCGCGGGGGUGAUGGACGGGAUGCGCGAAGGCUCACCCGACGACAAAAAAGUGCGAAAGCGAGAGGUUGAGAUAGCCGAAUUAUAUUUUUCAACGAUGAAGGCGGGCGACUCGAAAUCACACGCCAUCGUUAAGCAGGCAAUAGACGAGUAUUUCUCAACUCGUCCAGCAGAUCUUUUAUUAUUCAGGAAGCGAUGCCUUCUCAACGACGGCCCAUAAAACAAACAUAAUAUUAAAAACAUUUCAGGAACAAUCCUUUCACAAUUUAAACUUGGCGGCCUUAAAUUUUGUCUCGGGAGCGUUUUUCCUGU